GAAAUAUUAAUACGAUCAAAAGGGAAGGUGAGGUUAUGAACAAAGUGAAAUUAAAGUGAAGGUUAAAUUUAGUAAAAGAAGAGAAAGAAAAUCAAAGAUUGUUUCAUUUGCAUUUGGAUUUCAUUUUGGUUUCAUUUGGGCUAAAUUUCACAUUCCACCUCCGCAUUCCCCCAACUCUCUUAAACCUUUCUUUUCUCUCUCUACUUCUUCCGCACCAUCAUCACACACCUUGAUAUAUACAUACAGCUAUUUGUUUUUUGUUUACUUAUAUAAAUAUGGUCUCUCAAAAUAAAUUUUUAACGAAUUAAAAAUAGAACAUAUAAAUAGGAGUAGAGCUGGAUAUAGAAAGAAUUUUUUCCUCUCUGCUUUACCUGGAGAGAUAUGGAGAGGAAUUUCAGUAAAUAGAAAAUGAUUUGGAAAUCGAACAAACCCUAGGUUUUUCUAAUUUCCGCGGCCAAUUAUUCUUAUUUUCUGCUUCUAUUUUUUAUUUUUUUUGCUCUUUUAGCUGAAAGAUAUCGGUAAUUUAAUCAGCGGUAGGUUAAAUUAAUAGUUUUUUUUUUUUCGAUUUGAAUCUCGGUUUUUAGCUAAUCGGAGCUCGUUACAACCGACGAGGAAAACCUAGAUCGGAAAAAACGAAGGGGGAAAUAGACGAAAAAAUUGGGGAAAAAUGCCGUCGCAUGCGGAUCUGGAUAGGCAAAUAGAGCAAUUGAUGGAGUGCAAACCUUUGACGGAGGCGGAGGUGAAAACGCUCUGCGAUCAGGCGAGGGCGAUUCUGGUGGAAGAAUGGAAUGUGCAACCGGUCAAAUGCCCCGUCACCGUCUGCGGUGAUAUUCACGGCCAGUUCUACGAUCUUAUCGAACUUUUCCGGAUAGGUGGCAACGCGCCGGACACUAAUUACCUCUUCAUGGGCGAUUAUGUCGACCGUGGGUACUACUCUGUGGAAACAGUCACCCUGUUAGUGGCUCUCAAAGUUCGUUAUAGAGAUAGAAUUACUAUUCUUAGAGGAAAUCACGAGAGUCGACAAAUUACUCAAGUGUAUGGUUUUUAUGAUGAAUGCUUAAGAAAGUAUGGAAAUGCUAAUGUUUGGAAGUAUUUUACUGAUCUUUUUGAUUACCUCCCUCUGACAGCCCUCAUAGAGAGUCAGGUUUUCUGUUUGCAUGGAGGACUUUCUCCAUCUCUGGAUACGCUAGAUAAUAUUCGAGCUUUGGACCGCAUACAGGAGGUUCCACAUGAAGGACCAAUGUGUGACCUGUUGUGGUCUGAUCCAGAUGAUCGGUGUGGGUGGGGCAUAUCACCUCGAGGUGCUGGCUAUACUUUUGGACAGGAUAUUGCAGCUCAGUUCAAUCACACCAAUGGACUUACUCUGAUUUCCAGAGCCCAUCAGCUUGUGAUGGAGGGCUACAAUUGGUGUCAGGAAAAGAAUGUCGUGACAGUAUUUAGUGCUCCAAACUACUGCUACCGGUGUGGCAAUAUGGCUGCUAUACUUGAAAUUGGAGAGAACAUGGAACAAAAUUUCCUUCAAUUUGACCCAGCUCCUCGGCAGAUUGAACCUGACACCACCAGAAAAACCCCAGAUUAUUUUUUAUAAACUUAUCUGUCCGAGGGCGCUUUGUAGUCAUCGCAUGCCUUUCUCUGUAGAUGUGUCUUUAAAAAAGAGGAGUUUUGUUGUUUGAAGAUUAUUAUCGCCAUCAUUCUUUUUUUGGAGUAUGCUGUGCUGCUGACUUCGGUUAAUGCUCGGGAUUCUUGCCCAACAAUUGAUGGGAAGGCACCAAGUCUUUUUGUCUUGUAUAUUUUCUUUUUUGUUUUUCGGGGAAUAGAAGAAAGCAGCAAUAACAUGACAUGGUAUUAUAUUGUGUUGUGUAUGUCAAAAUUCCCAUCUUAGGAAAACAUGUCUCAGUGCCGUAUCUGAUCAGUUCUGUUGUGUUUAGUAUUUACUGACGGACUUUUGCUGCUAAAAUUUACUAGGAUCAAUGACAGAUGUUUAUUUUGCUAUAGUUGACCCGAAGCACCAUCGAGUGAUUGGUUCUCUUUUGUUCUCAGAACAUGCGCUUUUUGGCAUUUGGUCUCUGAUAAUGGGUGGGUAUUGAUGACUCGCUGCAGUCUGUCAAUCAGGAAAGCCUAUCGAUCAUUAGGAGAUGACUUUUGAGAAAAUUUCUUUGUCCAAAGUGGUUAAUUAACUUCAGGAAUCCUCCCUGCCUUUAAGUUCCAAAUUUGAGAUGCUGGAGAAUUUGUGACGGCACAUGAUGUUUUACUGAAUGAAACGAGUGAAGUACAGACUUUUACAUUUGAUUAAUGAAACGAGUGAAUUAAAGACAUUUUUUUAUUAGUGUCCGUAAACUAAUGUUUAAGCUUGAGAAUCAAAAUAUUAAGGAGAA